AUGAGGCACAGCCUGACCCAACUGCUGGCCGCCUCGGGCACCGACUCCCCGGCCCGCAGCGACAGCCCGACGCCGGCCGCCGCCCGCCCGCUGCCCCCGGCCCGGACCCGGGCGGCGGCGGAGGAGGAAAAAGAGCCGGCGGCCUCCAGGUCUCCCCGCCGCGAGCAGCCGCGCGGCGGCCAAGAGGCCGAGCUGGCGGACGGCAGGGGGGGCCGCGGCGGCGGCGGCGGCGGCCGCGGGGCGGGGCGCGCGCCCUCGCCGGAGGAGAUGGAGGAGGAGGCGGCGAUGGCCGGCGUCCCCGGGGAGGAGACGGAGGACAUGGACUUCCUGUCCGGGCUGGAACUGGCCGACCUGCUGGACCCCCGGCAACCGGACUGGCACCUGGAGCCGGGGCUCAGCUCGCCGGGGCCCCUGUCGUCCGGCGGAGGCUCGGAGAGCGGCGGCCUGUGGCGAGGGGACGACGACGACGAGUCCGCGGCCGCCGAGAUGCAGCGCUUCUCCGACCUGCUGCAGAGGCUGCUGAACGGCAUCGGCGGCGGCGGCAGUGACAGUGGCGGCGGCGAAAAGAGGCGGAGAAAGGCCCCCGGAGGCGGCGGCGGCGGCGGCGGCAGCGGCAGCGGCAGCGGCGGUAGCAGCGGCAGCGACAGCAACCCGGCGGCGGCGGCGGCGGCGGCGACCAAGAGCCCCCGGAAGGCGGCGGCGGCCGCCGCGCGGCUGAACCGGCUCAAGAAGAAGGAGUACGUGAUGGGGCUGGAGAGCCGGGUGCGGGGCCUGGCCGCCGAGAACCAGGAGCUGCGGGCCGAGAACCGGGAGCUGGGCCAGCGCGUGCAGGCGCUGCAGGAGGAGAGUCGCUACCUGCGGGCCGUGCUGGCCAACGAGACGGGCCUGGCUCGCCUGCUGAGCCGGCUGAGCGGCGUGGGACUGCGGCUGACCACCUCGCUCUUCAGGGACUCGCCCGCCGGGGACCACGACUACGCGCUGCCGGUGGGGAAGCAGCAGCAGCAGCAGCAGCAGCAGCAGGACCCGCGGGAGGAGGACGACGCGGCGGGAGGAGUGUGUCUCCAUGUGGACAAGGAUAAGGUGUCGGUGGAGUUCUGCUCGGCAUGCGCCCGGAAGGCGUCGUCUUCUCUGAAAAUUUUCUUUUUUAGGUGA